UCGAGGUGCUCUGGCAAUAUUUGGAGAAGGCCUAGGAUACAAUUUUCCCGGGAAGGAGAUUAAUGCAGUAGUUACAUACCCGGAAAGAAAAUGGUGAGCAUUUUUUUUAAGGAAUUUAUAUUUCAUUCCAGUAUGAUGGAAACUACCGGUUCAUGAAGAAACCAUGAAAACAGGAAUUUCCAAAAGGAGAAUGCGUUUCCUUCACCGGCGAGUUAAAGGAAGCUCUAUCAGGCUUUUUCAGCCCUGCAUAUUAAGUUAUUCGUAUCAAUUGUCACAAUGACUAAUGGCUAUUUUUUCCUCUGCAUUUUAUGACCCUUUAUGUAUCUUCCUUUAAUGAAAAUAAACCCAAUUAAAUGGCAGAUGGUUUCUCUCAAAAAGCACAUGAACUGGAUUUUACAGUGUAAUGCAACUUAUGUGACAAAGACAGCACUCCAAGCUGAGGAGCAGGAGUACUAUAAAAACAUAUGCACGGCUGUAAGAAAAGGAUGCUUAAAUACAUUUCCGAAGCCAGAAAUCGGCUGUCUAGAUUUUUGUUUUCAGCUCUCCUGGAAAAUAAAAAUACCCUGCCCCGCCAGGCGAGGGGGAAUAGAAUUAACGUCUCUUAAGGAAGUUUGGUACCGGUGGCUUUUAAAAGCAUAGCAAACACAAGUCGCAUGUACCGUACACUCGACUCGGUUAUUAGACAACCACCGGGAAAAUAAGUCUCCUUUUCCAAACCAAAAUCUGGCUGCCGAAGUGCUGGAGCGAAAGAAAAUGAAAGGGAUUCGACGAGGCACGAAUAAGAACACAGCUGCUUUGCUGGUUCCCGGUGGAAAUUUAUGUGCAAAACCUGUCAGUGUCAUCAGGUAUCAAUGAUGAAAAGCUGCCGUAGUAUGCUGAAAAGCCCUUGAGGCAACAGAAUCCAGGACAAAGCCCCGCCGCUCCAAAAGAAUGUGUCUCUCCCCAGUUCCGGAGGUCAACAUGCAGUCCGAGCCUAACAUUACAGUUCGAGAUGACACCGGGGACCUCGACAGCAAUAUGUACCGACCACUCUCAUAUCCAUUAAGCUUCCAAGUGUCUCUCACCGGAUUUCUCACGUUAGAAAUCGUGCUGGGACUUGGCAGCAACCUCACCGUACUGGUACUCUACUGCAUGAAAUCCAACCUGAUCAACUCUGUCAGUAACAUUAUCACCAUGAAUCUCCACGUACUGGAUGUAAUCAUCUGCGUGGGCUGUAUCCCUCUAACUAUAGUUAUCCUUCUGCUCUCGCUGGAGAGUAACACGGCUCUCAUCUGCUGCUUCCACGAGGCUUGCGUAUCCUUCGCGAGCGUCUCCACGGCGAUCAACGUCUUUGCCAUCACUCUGGACCGGUACGACAUCUCCGUCAAACCCGCCAACAGGGUCCUGACCAUGGGGCGGGCGGUGGCACUGAUGACCUCGAUAUGGAUCGUCUCGUUCUUCUCCUUCCUGAUUCCCUUCAUCGAGGUCCACUUUUUCAGCCACCAGAGCGAGAGCACCUGGGAGAACAAGACGCUCCUGUGCGUCGGCCCCAACGAGUACCACACCGGACUCGGAAUGUACUACCACCUUCUGGUGCAGAUUCCGAUCUUCUUCUUCACCGUCGUGGUCAUGCUCAUCACCUACACCAAGAUCCUCCAGGCCCUGAACAUCCGCAUAGGCACGCGGUUUUCCACGGGGCCGAAGAAGAAGGCGAGGCAGAAAAAGACCAUCUCCCUGACCACGCACGAGACCACGGAGGUGUCGCAGGGCAGUGGCGGGCGGAACGUCGUCUUUGGGGUAAGAACUUCGGUUUCGGUCAUAAUCGCCCUGCGGAGAGCUGUCAAACGGCACCGGGAGCGACGGGAAAGGCAAAAGAGAGUCUUCAGAAUGUCCCUGUUGAUUAUCUCAACGUUUCUGCUCUGCUGGACGCCGAUUUCUGUUUUAAACACCACCAUUUUGUGUUUGGGCCCAAGUGACCUUUUAGUAAAGCUGAGGUUGUGCUUUCUAGUCAUGGCCUAUGGGACCACCAUAUUUCACCCUCUUCUGUACGCGUUCACUAGGCAAAAAUUCCAAAAGGUCCUGAAGAGCAAAAUGAAAAAGCGAGUUGUUUCCAUCGUGGAGGCGGACCCCACGCCCAAUAACGCCGUCAUACACAACUCGUGGAUAGACCCGAAGAGAAACAAAAAGAUCACCUUUGAAGACAGUGAAGUCAGAGAGAAAUGCUUAGUCCCUCAGGUUGUCACAGACUAGGAAAGGAGUUCUGGCCACAUCCCGGGAGGAAAACAAUACGAACAAAUUGGGUGGGGGGGGGGGAGAAAUUUACUGCCAGAUGAGGAAAACUUUUUUAAGGUAUUGGACAUAUUGUAAAUUUCACUAUAAAUCUCAACUAAAUUAGCUCUUAUAUAGUCAAUUCCUUCAUUACGUAACGUGUUUGUUGCAUGGCAGUUUACGGAGGUUACAUCACGUGUAUAUUUUGUCAGUAUUCGGCCACCAGAAGAUAGUUAUUCGUGUAAGUCAUAUUUUCUAAAAAAAAAAAAAAAGAA